AUUCAUGUACUAGAAAAUGGAGAUAUCCACAUUUACAGCAGAAACCAAGAAAACAACACGUCUAAGUAUCCUGAUAUCACUGCAAGAAUGCCCAAGGUGAAUACGUGUAAUAUGUAGACGAACCUCUAUGGAGCGGCCAGACUCCUGGCGGGCAAAGUUGUCAGGAAACUAAAAAGGGAAUGGGUACAAGCUUUUUCGGUGCAAGGAUUUCUGGGAUCGUUUGGGUGGACAAGCUUUAGUUAUGAUUGGUCGAUGGUAUCCAAGGCAACCAUUAACCAAUCAUAAGUAACGUUUGUCCACCCAAACAAUCCCAAAAGUCGUUGUGCUGAGAGCAUGUGGCGAAUACUGAAAACAGUGGCAAUGUUAAGCCAAGCGGUCUUCUUCUGUAAGGCACAAUCCUUUGUUAGACUUACUUCCCACAAUGCCUGUGUACGAGUCGAAGCACACCAAGAUGGAGAUUUACUAGAAGCUGGUACAGUUACUAGUUCUCUUUGGAGCUCAAGUCCUUUGAUACAUGUUCACAAAAGUUAGUGUGUUUAGGUAAACACAAGUCUUCAAACUGCCACAUACGAGAACAUUCAUAUGUGAAAACAGUUUACCUCAUGGGCUGCCCAAAUAUCAGAUUUGUAAGAUACAACUUGUCCAGAACACCUUUUUACGUUUAUUAGAUGUAGAGAAUGUAAAGCGCUUUUGAUCAUUUAUGUAUUACCUUAACGUUUUGUUUGUUUUUACAUUCAGGUUUUAGGUGAUGGUGUCAAGUCCUGUAUUAUUGAUACUGAAGCUGUGGCAUGGGACAGAGAAAAGAAGCAAAUCUUACCUUUCCAGAUUCUCAGCACAAGAAAACGAAAGGUAACGCCACAGUAUAUAUUGAUUAUUUACAUUUUUUCUUGGCAGUAUCAUAGUUAUCAGAGGAGACUGGUUAUGAAAAGCGGCAAACAUCAAUGAUAAAAACAACAGUGCGGCAGUUUAUGUUGGAAGCACCCUGAAAGCGCACAAUCCUUUGUUUUCUGUUGGCAAAUUGUUACGGAAUAAAUUAAUGCAACGUUUUUAUUGGUCAAUACAAUCAAAAUGAUAGGAAUUCUUUUGAACAUUGUGCACUUUCAGGUCCACAAAAACAUAACAAAGGAGUCUGACGGGUUUCAUAACCAUUCCACUCAAUUAACUAUGGCAGUACAUCUCGUAGAGCUGGCUGACUUCUCUAUAAUAAGCCGGAGCAAGAGAUUGUAUUAUGAGCUCUUGGCUGGAGCUACAAUUGUAGCUUAAAGUCGAGUCCAAUGCGGAGACCCUCAAGAAAAGAAUGUUUUCUUAGCAAACUUUGUAGUGAAAAGCUCUCAUUGGACUGAAAUGUCAUACGUCGCCACCCCCUCAUGCGGGGUGGAGACUUGUGACAUUUCAGACUAUGCUCUCAUAAGCAACCACGACCACUUUUGGGAUUACCUAGCCUCCCACGCAGGCGUUUUUAGGGGAGCUCGUUUUUCAUCCCCCUCCUUUGUGGGGAGGGAUGAAAAACAAGCUCCCCUAAAAACGCCUGCGUGGGAGGCUAGGGAUUACCCAACUGGAUUUUUCGUCGGUUUUUAAGUUCUCGUAAGCGACCACUCAGAGUCUUAUUCAUAUAAAUCAACACUUUCAUGAAACUGAACAAUGCGCUAUUGUUUCGUUUAUAAAGAUCUUGUACAGUGUAGUAUUCUAUUUGUAUAAGUAUUGUCCUUGUUCAAUUUGGAAUCUGGUGGAAGCUACUGCUAGGUUUGGCGUUUUGGGGCGACAAAUGAAUGUAGCUCUCUCUUUUUUUCUGUUUCUUUAGGAUGCUGAUGCGUCAGAGAUUAAAGUUCAAGUUUGUGUCUACGCUUUCGAUUUGCUGUAUCUGAAUGGAAAGGUAGGAAAGAGGCCGUGGCACUUCGCGACUAACUUUCUCCCGUAGUUUAACUUCUUUGAUAGUACAACUUAAAAGUCGAAAGGGUAUUUUAAUGCAAGAGAGCAUUCUCAUUUUCUCUUCAUUUCUCUCAAUCGCUCUUGUUGAAUUGUAAAUCUAAAGCAAUGUUCAUUUUUUUUGUUUUGUUUUCAUGAAAUUACCAAAAUUCUCUAUGACUGUAGCUGCCCAAAAUAAAAAUCGACUGCAACUGGCAAAAGUUAAUCGAAGUUUUCCAGCUGCUAAGUUUUGUGUGCUAAAAUGUUGGUUGAAAAUGGCUGUGAUUUAUUCUGCUGGAUUGAAAAACUAUAAAUCACUCCGCCUUUGGUGUUCCGUCUUCUGGGAUCUGUAAUAGCCUGGGUAUCAGGCCUUCCUAGGGGACUAAGGGAGAGGAGAUUUUACUCAGCUAGAUCUGCUAGAUGUGAGCGAACAUACCAAGACUGUGCUAUACACUGGAAAACUAAGCUUGUGUUCGAAUACAGCGGAAGCUCUCCUAACAGACACUCUCGGAAGCGGACGUCUUACUUACGGCCGCCUUCACAAAACCCUGUUUUUCUCAACUCCCAUACAAACUCUAUGUUUUUACAUUCCUGUAAGCGGCCAGUUCCAGUUACGGACACCUUUUUUGCGUCCCGAGGGUGUCCGCUUACGAGAACUUUCAUUAUAAACGUCUUGUGACACUCAACUUCACUUUGUCUUUUUCAGUCGUAUAUUAAAGAACCAUUUCGUGUUCGCAGAGAGGCAUUAAGAUCCUCAUUCACAGAAGUUGAAGGGGUAGGUAAUAUACAUAAUAAUUAUUUCUCGUUGCCUUGUCGUGUUUUGAUAGCAUAAUUGAUGAUUUAUAUUAUGUAGUUAAAUGAAAAUUAAGCUAAGCUAAACGCGAAACAAUUCUGAUCAUCGGCCUCCCCCGUCACGGGCAUGCGGAGUGCUUGUGCUUGUGGAUCCACCAUCUUUCCAGGCACCUUCCCCAGGCUCGUCUAUUGCUGAUGAGUUAAAAAGUUUGUUACAAAUGAUCUUGUCUUUUACAUCCUCUCCCCGUUGUUCCCUAUAACAGGAAUUCAUGUUUGCACAGAGUUCUGAUUCAGUAAACACUGAUGAUAUUGGCGAAUUUUUAGAUGAUUCCAUCAAGGGUAAGAACAUUCUUGUAGGCUACACUAUAGCUCUCAGUUUUGGUGUGUUUUUCUUAGCAUAUCAUUAAUUCGCACAUCCUACUUUAAUUAAUUUGUUGCUAAGGUAGGAUGUAUGCGUGGCAGCAGAAUGAAGGACUUAUGCAUAUCGUUUAAAGCCUUUUUGCUUGCUCUGUGGAGUUUUGACGAAUGUUUUAACAACGUUGUGUUGACUUUGCUACCGUCAUAUCAUACUGUCAUACCAUACUGUCAUACUACUACUGUCAUAUCAUACUGUCAUAUCAUUCAAAGGCUACUUUCAUGGAAGGGGACAUUAAAAACUGACUUGGUCCUUGACAAGUUCUAAUGUGUAUGUCCUUUUUUUCUAAAUGAGUUUAUAUUGUCAGGUAAUUGUGAAGGCCUAAUGGUUAAAACCCUUGAGGUGGACGCCACAUAUGAAAUUGCCAAACGCUCUCACAACUGGUUGAAGGUA